CCAAAUCUCUUCAAUUUUAGAGGGAUUAUGCUUAUUAAAGAGAGAAGAAAAAUGAAUCCCUCCCUCUCCUCUCCAUUCCUUCCCUCAAUCUUUUACCCAAACAAGAGAGUUUGUGCCCCUCUCUUUCUCUUCUCUUGUUUUCCUUCCAAUUUCUUCUAUCCAUAUAAAGUGCAAGUGGCAAUUGGAUCAUUCGGAUCGGAUUCGAGUCGUGCUAGGAAUCUAUUUAGAUCGCAUCAAUAAAUAUAAAAUCAUAGUUCCAAAAAUCAGCUGAACAGAAACUACUCCUCCGGCUCUUAGUACAUCCGCCCAAUUUAUUUACUCUUCCUAUUUUCGGAGAAAAGAAGAAUUUCAAUUUUACUUAGUCUGAUAAUCUAUUCCAUUUUGCUUUACUUACAAAUUCCAAUUCAUUUGAUAUGUAGGAAAUUAAGAACUUUAAACUUCGAUUCAUCAACAUUUUCCCUGCAAAUCAAUUCAGCUACAAUUUUUAGAUUGUCUACAUCUAUGCGGCUAUGCCCUUUUAAAUGGAGGGCGUGAUGGAAGAAAAUAUAGAACGUGACAUCUAUCCAUCUAGCAAUUCCUUGGAAUGGAGCCUAUGGCAGCUUCUUGAUUCCAUUUUACCAACAGGUGGUUUUGCACAUUCAUUUGGCCUCGAGGCUGCAAUACAAUCUCGUUUAGUCAAUAACCCUGAGGAUCUCCAGACUUUUGUGAUCCAAGUUUUGCAAAAUACUGGGAGCUUACUACUCCCUUUUGUACAUGCUACUACUAUAUCACAUGACAUAGAAACUUGGCAUAAACUUGACAAAAUGUUGGAUGCAAUGCUAACCAAUGAGGUAGCUCGUAAAGCAUCAACUACCCAAGGUUCAGCUCUUCUGAGAAUUGCUGCAGCCAUGUUUACAGAAGUACCUUCUUUGAAAACCAUGAGAGAACAGUCAUUGGGUGCUAAGGCUAUUUCUUUCCACCAUGCUCCCAUAUUUGGACUUGUUUGUGGGCUUCUUGGAAUUUCUCCUGAUAUUUCUCAACAGGCUUACUUGUUCAUCACACUAAGAGACGUAAUCUCUGCUGCAACAAGGCUGAAUUUGAUUGGGCCUCAGGGUGGUGCCGUUCUGCAGCAUAGGGUAUUUUGUACUGCCGAGAAGAUUUUGAUGAAAUGGAAAAAUUGUGAUGUUGAGGAUGCAUGCCAAACUGCACCGUUGAUCGAUGUUGUGCAGGGCUGCCAUAGCUACUUGUUCUCUAGAAUGUUCUGCUCAUAGGUGAAUAUGCAUAGUAUUUUUUUUGCUAGAGUUGAUAUUAUUAUGUACGUGGUUGUUUGGUUGAACAUAAGAUGACUGUUUAACACGUGAACUUUUUUGCUCAA